AUGAGAUAUCUCAGAUCGCAUGGUCCGUUCAAUUUGCAAUUAAUGAACAACAGUAUUGGUAACACACUAUUCGCGAAUUCAUUAUUUGCUGCUCCUAAUAGAUUUAAAUUUCCUAAUGCUGGUAACACUAGCAAUAGUAAUGAGAAGCCAUGCUCAAUCAAUGUUACAGAUAUGCUCAAUAUAAACAAGGUUAAAAUACUGUCAAAUUUUGAUGAUUACUCUUUGAAUAAUGAAACAAGCAACGAUAUUGAUAAUGGUGAGUCAGGAUGGGAUUUCUGGAGUCGAGUAUACGAUGACCCGCUGCUGAGAUCACAAAUAACCGACCGUUUCCACAAUGCACCAACUGUAUCAGAGAUGUUAACAAGUGAAAAACUUAUUCGUGCACAACUUACAUUUUUAAAUGUACCACGGAUUGGUGCUGCUUCACAGCAAAUUAUUCGAUCUCUUAUCGAAAGUGAAUGCGGGAAAAAUAUUGCUAUAUUCGAUAUUGCCAUCAGUAAUCGGCGUUGGCGAGUUCGUUUUUACCGCUGCGAAGAUGCGCUACAAGUUCUCCGGACCUUUAAUGGUUACCGCUUUCGAAACCGAUUCUUAUCGGUUCGUUAUGAGGAUUAUGUUACUUGUAAGCCUAGCAAAUUGGAGUUGGAGUCGAAAAUGGAUCAUCCAUUGGAUAUAAAUAUUACUCUCACUGUCAACAAAAAUGUAUGGGAUGCUAUCGAAUUUGCGCAGAUCGAACUAUUCAAAAAUGAUUUGAUCAGACUGCUAGCAAAUGCAGGCAAGAAUAAUCCGGGCAUUUGUAUCGAUGAUCCCCGUAUCACACAGUUCACAUCUCGUGGGUCAGCACUUAUCGAGGCAAUGCUAAAGCAAUGGCCUGUUGGCUUAUUUCGCAUGUGUGCUCCUCAGGUUCGUUUGACCGGGAGAUACCUUAGCUUGGAUCAUCAAAAUCAAAAUGCCGUGCUAAGUAAAGUCGAUGUCGAGUCGUACCCACGGAUAUACGUAGAGAUAUGGGAACCUCUUGCACCUACAAUAAUUCACACCAAGUAUCAUUUAGUGGAUUAUUCUUGCGCCCUUUUGCGUCAUUUCGGUGCGCAACAAAUACAAGUGGACCUACCAUGGCGAAUCCUAAUGACUCUUCUUCCAUCCAGCGCAGAUUGGCCACAAGAUUCUGAAGAAUUAAUGAACCUGAUAGCUAAAUUAUCCCCUCAUACAAGCGUAUUUGGAGGAACGUUAUUCCUUGUGAGUGACGGACGUCACAGACGAGCACUCGCGCAAAAAUUGUUACAUUUACCAGAAUGA